UGAAAACAUACUCGUGUUGGCAUUCUUUUUGAAAAAAAAUGUCUGUCUUAUUUUGAUAAUCAUUUCCCAUAGCAGGUUCACCAACUCACUCAUGUCCAUUAUUCAAACAACUCAGCCAUUGAUUGUCAACUUCAGCUCUCUCAAAUUUCACCACUUAACGCUACUCUCUUCUUCCUAUUCCUGCAUAUAUCCGCUUCUCACUAAUCAAUGCCUUUCGAUUUGUUCUUCUGGCUUCUCAUUUGUUUCCCUUUCAAUGUUGCCCUUUUGGCCUCAGCUUUCUACCAGGUUUUGAUGUUAUCUGACUUAGAAGCUGAUUAUAUAAACCCUUAUGAUGCUUCAUCUCGGAUCAAUUACUAUGUGGUUCCUGAGUUUAUUGCUCAAGGAUUAUUCUGCGCUCUCUUUCUCUUCACCGGUCACUGGUUCAUGUUUCUUCUCAUGCUUCCACUUGCUUCCUACCAUGGAAUGCUGUAUGUUAAGCGGCAGCAUCUCCUUGAUGUUACUGAAGUGUUUAGGGUACUCAAUGCUGAGAAGAAAUUUCGGAUAGCCAAACUUGCUUUUUACCUAAUAAUGGUUAUUAUAACUAUCUUCAGGCUUGUAUUACUCGCCGUCUUCUAUUUAGAUAUGGACGAUGAAUGACACAGAGAACCUUUGAAUACCUGCUACUUGUGCAGUAUGACAAUCUACGUUGUAAAGAGCUAAUCUUUCAUUUCUAGCAUGAUUAUAAAAGCUUACCAGUUCCAAGUUAAAUGGCGUGAACUCUGCAUGUUGUUUUUGUUUACAAGGAGAGUUGUAGAAUUUGUGAGGAAUUUUAAGUGUCACGAAAUAGGGAUUCAUCUUCAUGAUCAAGUAGUUCCUGAAGAAACUUUGUUGGCGCUUGAGCUAGUACAUGUUUAUUUGGAUUUUAUUUGGACAUAAGCAAUUGAACAAGUUGUAUUAAAGAACAGAAACACGUCUUGUAAUAGAAAUGAAAACCCUAUACUUUUUAAUGUAACAUAGGGUGUAUCAUUUUAAGUAACAUUUUUUAUUUACAACCCUAUAACUGUAUCAUUUGGCGUUCCUUUAAAUUUCAUUCCUACUUUUCCUA